UAAAUUUUGUUCCAUUUCUUUUCUAUUUCCUUUAUUUUCGUUUACCUACUGGUUUUUUGGGACAAUUGAAAUUUGGAGGUAAUUGGGAAAAAAAGAGUACAAGUUUAGUAGUAUCUAUGAAAUUUACAUUUCAAAACCCAAAACCCGAGCCUGCCGCUCUCACGGCAUCAACCCAAGCUGCGGACCCAUAUUUUCAAGUUGGAAGUAGAAGAACACCAUGAUGAACAGGAAGCUGCGGAAAACAACUCUUGUUCUAUUUCAUCUUCAUCAAACGGGUAACCUUUAUUCACUUCAUGUAAAAGACCAUCCCUUCUGUUUUUGUUUGUUGUCUUCUUUUAGUAGCAUAGCCAGAGGCAGCACCACACAAAAAUUUACGAAAGAUGCCAAGGGAAAUGGAAAAAAGUAUGAGUUUCAUAAUAUUAUUGAUGCCCUUUCUUUGUUUAAUCGGAUGGCUCAUUCUUCUCCCAGGCCUUGUAUUGUGGAAUUCAAUAAAUUGUUAGGGGCAAUUGUGGGAGUGAAACAUUAUGACAUUGUUGUUUCUCUUUGCAAACAAAUGGAAUUAUUAGGAAUAGCCCAUGAUGCUUAUACUCUCAACAUUUUGAUGAAUUGUUUUUGUCAUUUGCGUCGUGUGGAUUUUGGGUUUUCAGUUUUGGGGAAAAUGUUGAAGCUUGGUUAUAAGCCUCAUUUAGUUACUUUCUCUACUUUGAUCAAAGGGUUUUGCAUGGAAGGUAAAGUUGCUCGAGCUGCUAGAUUGUUUAAUGAGAUGGUUCUGACAGGGUAUCAACCUGAUUUGCAUAUUUAUACGAUAAUAAUAAAUGGACUUUGUAAAAUAGGUGAUAGUGGUGGUGCUCUUAAAAUUUUGAGAGAGAUGGAUGAAAGAGGUUUCCGGCCUGAUAUUGUAGCUUAUAGUGCUGUUAUUGAUAGCCUUUGUAAGAAUAAGUUCAUAUCCGAGGCAUUGGACCUUGUUUCGGAAAUGAGGGGUAAAGGCAUUCAACCAGAUAUUGUCACUUACAGUUCAUUAAUUCAAGUGAUGUCUAGUUCAGGCCAGUGGAAUGAGGUGAAAAGAUUAUUCAGUGAAAUGGAGAGUAAGAAUUUGAAACCAAAUGCUGUGACUUUUAAUAUAUUGGUUGAUGGACUUUGUAAAGAAGGGAAGAUUUCUGAAGCUCUAGGUGUAGUUGAAAUGAUGGCAAAUAGAGGUCUUCAGCCUAAUGUUAUUACAUAUAGUGAAUUGAUAAAUGGAUAUCGAUUGCGGAAUGAAAUGGAUGAGGCAAGAAAGGUUUUUGAUUCAAUGGUUACCCAUGGAUGUGAACCUAAUGUAUUUAGUUGCAACAUCAUGAUAAAUGGAUACUGCAAAACUAAUAGGAUAGAUGAAGCUCUAAAACUCUUUCAUGAAAUGACCGAAAAAGGACCAGUUCCUGACACUGCUACAUACACCACUCUUAUGGGUGGCAUGUUCCAAGUAGGGAGGCUUUUGGAUGCACAAGAACUCUUUGAGGAUAUGCGUUCCUGUGGUCAAGUUCCAAAUUCAACAACUUACUCAGUUUUGCUAGAUGGCUUAUGCAAACAUGGUAAAAUUGAUGUGGCAUUGGAACUAUUUCAGGCAAUGCAAAACAAUGAGCUGGAACCGUAUAUUAUCCACUACAAUAUCCUACUUGAUGGCAUGAUUGAGGCUGGGCGUCUUGAAGCUGCUAGGGAACUAAUUGCUCACAUCUUUGUCACUGGUUUAAGGCCUAGUCUCCCAACAUAUAACAUAAUGAUCAAGGGACUUUGCAAUGAAGGACUACCUGAAAAAGCAUAUGACCUUUUCAGGAAGAUGGAAGAAGAUGGUUAUUUUCCAAAUAACAUCUCUUACAAUAUUACAAUUCGGGGUUUUCUUCAAAGCAAUGAUCUGUCAAGAGCUAUGAAAAUUCUUCAUGAAAUGGUGGAAGAAACAGGUUUAUCUACUAAGACAGUGGAAAAAAGUUUGGCACUGCUGUGAAGAUAAGAGGAUAUUCUUCGGAAUUAUUACAGAUCAUGGAAGAAAGUGGUCUUCUUAAACAAACUGCUUUUGAAGAGGUGACUUGUCAAUUCCAUUUGAAGUUCUAACAAACUGGAGCUGCAUAAAAAAGGCGGUUUUUGAUUUGCAACUCGCCAAAGGUCCUGAGUUUUAUACUGGAUUAAUUUUUGAAGCUGCUUUCAAAGCACUUAGUUCAGGUAAAUAUUUCUUUCUACCAGCGAAUUACUUACUAUAUUGUUUUGCAUGUAUAUCUUUUGUGGGCAUAUGACGAAUUCCUGUGUUUGAUUAUCUAUGUUAGGAGGUUUUCAA